GGGGAAUAAGACUUUUACAAGUAUGAUGAAUAAAAAUGAGGAAGAGACGAAGGAAGGGGAUCAGACCCAGGACAACAGACAGCCUCAAAAUGUUGAGGAAGCACAGCAAUUGGAUAAUAUUCCUGGGAUAUUACAGAAUCAAGAACCUCCAAUCGCAGUUCAACUUAAUGCUGUUCCAGAUAAUUUGGAUACUGAGAAUGGUAAUAAUGAAGAAAGUCAAGAAGAAGAUGACCGAGAAGAGGACCAAGAAGCUGAAGGAGAGGAUUUUGUUGAUAUGGAUCCUGAAGACCCACUCGGAGAAGAAGGAGAUUUAGAAGAUAGUUCAAGCUCGGAAGAAGAGAAGGAGAUUGAAGGAGAAAAUAUUACUAAGAACGGAUGCACUCAUUAUGCAAGGAAUGCUGAAUUAUACUGCCAUCAAUGUGAUAAGUACUUCCCAUGUAGGUUCUGCCAUGAUGAGUUUUGGGAGUCUAACUUCAAAGAAGUCAAAAAGUUCCAUAAUUUUGAUAGAUUUAAUGUCCAGAAGGUGAAAUGAAUUGAAUGUGAAAAUAUCCAAGAGCCUCAAGAGAAAUGCUCAAGCUGUGAUAUUUCUUUUGGAAAGUACGUUUGUUUGAAAUGCAACUUCUUUGACGACAGAGGGCUCCACAAGCAAACUUUUCAUUGCGAUGGAUGUGGAAUUUGAAGGAUUGGAGGGAGAGAUAACUAUUUUCACUGUGAAGUUUGCAAUGCCUGUCUCCCAAUUAGUUUGCAGAGUGGUCAUAAAUGAGGAGACUUCUCUCAAGAUUGUCCGAUCUGAUUUGAAGGGUUUUAUAAUGCAAGACAGGGAUCAAUUAUUUUAAAAUGCGGGCAUGUAUUGCAUUCCAAAUGCUACAGAGAAAUGCUGAAAGCAAAUUACCUUUGCCCGAUCUGAAAGAGAUCAACUCUUAAUGAUGCUCAGACAGAACAUGUAAAUGGGCUCAUUCAAAAUCAUAUCGACAAUACCAAUAUGGGGGAGGCAGGAGAAAGAGAUGUCAACAUUCUUUGUAAUGAAUGCCAUGAGAAAAGUACAGUAAAGUUCCAUAUUGUUGCUCACAAAUGACCAAAAUGAGGAUCUUUUAAUACUGCUAUGGAUUAAAUACUCAGCUUAUAUUUCAA